AUGAAAAUUCCAUUCACAACGCUUGUCAGAUAUCUGUCGAAGCGCUUGCUGACCAGUGCCUUAAGGCAGUCAACCAAGUGUCCAAUCUUUUUACUGUGCCGUUUCCUUCCUUCCUUUUUCUUUCUUUCUUUCUCCUUUUCUUCUUCUUCUUUUCUUCCUAAUUGUAUUAUGCGAGACGGACUUGCUAACCAUUGCACCACGUCGCGCCUCCUCCUUCCUUCCUGUAUUCAUUUAAUUUCUUUCGUUCAUUCGUUCGUUCAUUCCUUCCUUUUAUCCUUCUUCCCAUCUUUAUUUCGCUGUUUUUUCCUUACUACAACCGCCAUUUUUACUUUUCUUCUACUAUUCCUUAUUUAUUCAUUCCUUUAUUCAUUCUUUCCUCUUUUGUUCGUUCGCUCUUUCCUUCCUUCCUUUUUCUUGUCAUUACUCUUAUUCAUUGAUUCGUUUUUAUACUAUUUUUUUUUCGAUGAAUGUUGUCUUUUCAUUUUGAAUGAGAUUUCCUGUCCGAUAUUUACAGAGGUCACCACAGAAGUAGAUUGA